AAAAGACUUCACUAUUCUCUGUAGGCCUAAUUCACUAUUCUCUGUAGUUCACUAUUCUCUGUAGUUCACUAUUCUCUGUAGUUCACUAUUCUCUGUAGUUCACUAUUCUCUGUAGUUCCCCAAUAAGUGUAGUUCUUUCUUCAAUGGCAAGUGACAAAGUAAAUAAUGCCGAUUGUGCAAGAGCUAAUGUGGCAGCUUGGGAAUUAAGUAGGCGGUUGUUGCCAACUCAUAUGUCUAAAUUUCCUUUUGUUAUUGUAGGCAGAUUAUGAAACAAUAAACCAGCCGUUUUAAUCUCGGCGAGCUCUUUCUCCACACACCACCCCCCUCCAACUCUCUCAGCCGUUUCGUUUCGUUUAUUUGUUUAAAAGUAUUUUUCAUUGACUUAACUUCAAGGGCAUUUAAUUGUUUGAUUUAUAAGUUUCAGACGUGUCUUCGGAAAUAAAGAUUACUAAGUCCUAGCCCUAAAACUCAUGCUUAUUGGCAGUGGAUGACGGCGUACAGGGUUCGAACCAUUGUUAUGACAGCCGAAACAUAUGUCACACGGUCAGGCAGCAUUUCAUAUUUUUUUUUACUGGAUGAGGUGCGAGAGUAAAUAGGUCAGUGAUGCGUGGCUCUGUGAUGGGCAUUCCAUAUUCGGCCGUUGCUUUGGCUUUAUGGUAGAGCACGUAGGUGUCGGGCAGAGGGUCUAUGGUUCGAGUUUUGGUGAAGCUUGUAACUUGUUACUUGGCAGUAGACGGCGUAACGGAGUACAAUCAGAUCUGGUGGAUCUAUGACGUCUCGUGAAACUUUGGAUAGAUCCAAAAGUCUAAAAUGUGUUUGUUUCGUUUUAGGCUACAUACAGUUUCCGUUUGAUUUCGCCAUUUUGUUUUAAAUGUUUCGCAUUUUCUUUUACAAUUGAAGAUUAUUACAUCCUAGCGCAAAACUUCCACAGGACAGAUGGGGUGACGCGGUUAGUGUUUGAACCCGGGACCAUUUUAGAUGACAGUCCAGAGCGCAUACCACUCGACCCUAUUUGUUUUGAGGUGGUUGUAUAUUAGAAGUUUAACUUUUCAAAAAUAGAGCCUCCCACGCGAUUUCUCAACCCAACGUUCACUUUUAAGCUGCAUCCUUUGACGAAAUUCUCUAGAACAUACACAAUACACACACCAGAUCCCCUCAACAUAACCUGUCAACCACAUUUUAAAGAAAGAAAAAAAGUAUAAAUAAAAAAUGUCGGUGGAAAAGUGGCCGGGGAGGGGUUGGGAAGGAAUGCUGUAUUGAACAUUUCUUUUCCAGCUGUCGGCUCACUCCGAAUGGCCGGCUGAGAUUGGUAAACUUGCUUCUGUCUGUCAUUUCCUUUAGUUUCCCUCUUCUGGAUAAUUCACUCCUUUUACUAUUGUAUUAACUAAGGUAAACCAAAACAAAAAUCGAUAAUGACGUCAUCAAAAACGUCAUAUUUUUACAUAGUGUCUCAACUUGAAGUAAUUUUAUUUUCGAAUAUUAAAAGCGGGAGGGAAAUAAUCGUUAGCAAUAUGUUGUUAUUCUUCGGCAUUUUCCGUUUGAAGUACUCUCCCCUUGCGAGCAUAUAGAUCUCUACAGUUUGUGUAACUGGAGAACUGAAAGCUUUCCAACAUUAGGAGUUUGUAUUGUGUGCUUGGGCUGCGUCAGGGAAGGAUUAAAAUUAUUGGCUUUCUGUGGGCUGAUUAUUCUUUCUCUUCUUUCUUGAAAUGGAUCAUGACCAAAACCAUCUCGAUAUCGGAAAUUCUCAUUUGGUUUCAGUGUUUGGCGUACUGAGUAAGGUUAAACUUGUGAAAUAUGAUAUUAAGUCUCAAUAUUGGUUUGUUUUUUUCUUAUUUUGGCUUUUUUUAAAAAGUGCUCACAGUUUUCUUAGAGAUCGAUAUUAGGCAAAAUUAUUUCAAAUACCUUUUAUAUAACAAAUUAGUAUUAAAUUUAAUCUUAUAAGAAACUUCACAGUUGUUGUGUAAUAUGCAUAACUACACGUAAAUAUCAGCCUACAUUUAUUGCUGUUUGAGUGCCCAGUAUAGUUUAUAUUGGAAUUUUUUCUUUAACUGAAGGAUGAAUAGUUUUGUGGUGAUAAGGUUAUUUUCAAUAAUAAUUACAAAAUCAGACUUUGAGAUUUGCCUUUUACUUUGGAUCUCUUCCUGUUUAAAUUCUAACGAUAUUUUUUUUAAAACCGAAAUGAUUGAAGUAUUUUGUUUUCCUUAGCUCGUUAAAAGUAGUUCUAUGAACAGACAAAGAGCUCUCAAACUUCUCCUGAGUUAAUGUUCCAAUGCUAUGUGUCUUCCUUCCGUUCACGUUACAACAGAAGAUAUAGAGCUACGGGUAGACUUGAAUUAGAUUAAACAAUGCGCAUAGUGACUAAGUUCCUUGAGCAACUUUAAAUUUACAAUGACCUAAAAAUGUUGAGAUAACAUGAAACUGUGUUGUAUUAAUUAAAAGGAAAUAUUUUGAUACACAAGAAGUGCUUUGUGACUAACUGAACGCCUAUAGCUCAACAGGACGUCUAUAGCUUAACUGGACGUCUGUAGUUUAACAGGACGUCUAUUUCUCUCGUGUGUAGUCCAACAGGACGCCUAUAGCUUAAGGAGGUUGUGAUUCACACUGCAUUAUGCUAAUCGAUAUUUUUUUUUAUCAUAAGCUUACUGUGAUAGAAAGCUGGUUUCAGUUUUAAGAAGGAUUGUAUAAAUUUAAAAUAAACACACCAAGAUGGCUGAUAUGUUUACAGUAGAUGAUAUGUCUGCCAUACGAAGCUAUUUUAAGCUUGAAGCAGAUGAGAACCUCAUAACGAAAUCGAGGUUCUCAGAACUGUUUGCUGAUUUGACGAUGACCAAAGAGGAGCUUGGGGCUAUCUUUGAGGCCUUGGACACUGAUGGAGAUGAACUGAUUACCUUGGAUGACCUCCUGAAGCACUACAAUAAGCCGUCCGCAGCGUCUCCCACAGCGAAGGAGGCGAAGAUGAACCACAAUUGGCAGCAACACAACCACAGUAUUCACGUGGUGGAUUACAGUACGACGGACAAAUAUGGCGGGGAAGAGAUGCUCUUUUCUGAGUCCAAUGGCACAGACUUCCCCAGCCGGAAUCCCACGAACUCUCUAAGCCCGCUUGGUAACAAACCUUUGCGUAGACCGCGAACUCUUGGCGCGCGGCGCAGCAGACGCUGCAUAACCGAUGCCAACAGAGAACUGAGCAGCGAGACAAGCAUGUCGGACGGCAUGGGGGAGGACAGCGAGCUGGACAGCCUCUCUCCAAUCAAAAACAGCCCGUCAGACGGGAUGGUCAGGAGCGGGAGUCUGACUGCCAGAGUCGGCUCCUCUCUGGCCAGAGAUUCCAUAUCGCCGAGCGGGCGACAAGGAAGAUUGACCAAAUCUGACCAAUCGGGAAGCGAGGAAGAUUUUUCCAUGAGCAGUGACAAUGGGUGGGCGGACACUCAAAACAAACGUGAAAGCCCUAGCAGAACACCUGUCAGAAGACAAAACCUGGUCCCGGAAAGUGGUCGAGCAGAGACCCCAGUAGCAGAAAUAGGUCUUUUAUCCCCGUACAGUCAAGAGCAAGUUUGUGAACUUUACCAGAACCUCCACAGUGUAGAUAAACCAGAACUUGUUUCACAAUUUGAAAGUAUUUUACUGAAUGUUAUUAAUGAUGUGCGGCAGUAUCAGCUGGAAAAUGAAAGACUUGAGAAAACAUACAGAAGAGAAAAAGAUGAACAUGAUAAACAUUUGCGGAGACUUGAAGAGGAAAUGGAACAACAAGUUCAGAGCAUUGAGGAAAGGGUCAGGAAACAGGAAAAAGAAAGGCUGGAAUCAGAAAAAAUAGAGCUAAGAAAUCAACUCGAUGCAGAAAUCAUCAUGCUCCAACAGAAUCUCAAAAAAUUACAACGGGAAGGAGAAAACAGACUUGACAAAGGUCAGGAGGAACACUUACUCAACUUGAAGAAAAGAUUGGAAGAAAUUGGCUCUGAAAACCGAAUGCUGAAGUCUGAACUCACAGACGCACAGACUAAUUUGGCACUAAUCAGGAGUCAAAUGACCACAGUCAAACAACAACUGGAUGAGAAAAACUAUGAGCUUGAGAUUGGUAGUAAAACGCUUGAAGACUACUUAAAUGAGACAGAGAAGUUGAAACGGCAGCUCCAGAUGCUCUAUGAAGCCAACAAAACUUUAUUGGAUACCAAUGAUAAUCUAAGAGAAAUGUUAGACUCGGUGCCAAAUGGGUCCCCUGGAUUUAAGAGGACAGCUUCAACGGAUUUUGAGCUGGGGGCAUUGUAUAAAUCAGGAGCUAGUGCUAAAAGUAAUAGAAGUUUGUCACCUAAUUUCCCAAGGAAAGGCUCUGUCAUGAGUGACUAUGUUGAGGUUCAUCCAGGUAAUCGUCCCCUAUUAGAGUCCGGAAUGAUGCCAAGGUUUCUGAGUGAGAGCUGCGAGGAUGACAACAUUGCUGAGGAUCUAGGUGACCAUCCUGUUUUACUCUCUCCUGACAGUGGACAUUCAACAAUGAGAGACAUGAAUGACGUCAAUGACGACACAGAACUUGACAGUGUCAGUGUACAGAGUGACAUGAGAAGAAGUCGCAGACACAAAAGGCUUCGAACUGGCAUGCGAGUUCAAGAAGAAGAACCUGAUUCCCAUGAUGAAGAGUCUGAUACUGAAGUGACCAGGCCAGGCAGUCUGGAAACAUUUCGUUUGCCCAAUGACCACAAAAGAUCACCCUCUGUGGGCAGCAGGGGUUCUAACCGCAGCCAAAAAUCCCUGAACAGAGACGAAUCAAUAUUGAGUCAGUCCUCCAAGUCUAGUCGAGGCUCAUCUCGGCGCCAACUUCCUGCUGUUCCAAUUAAAGAUUUCACAUCACCAACCAAGGUAUCCAAAGAGCCAGAACGCAUGUACAAGAUUGUUCUUGCUGGAGAUGCUGCUGUUGGCAAGUCCAGCUUCAUUGUCAGGCUGUGCAAAGGAAAAUUUGUCCCUAAUCUCAGUUCUACUCUAGGGGUUGACUUUCAAACAAAAAUGUUGGAUAUAGAUGGACAGCCCACAGCUUUGCAACUCUGGGACACAGCAGGACAAGAAAGAUUUCGAAGUGUUGCAAGGACUUACUUUCGCCGAGCUGAUGGUGUGUUGUUACUUUAUGAUGUCACCUAUGAAAGAUCUUUUCUCAACCUUAGAGACUGGGUAGAUGCUAUAGAGACCAAUAGUCAGGAAGGAGCUUUGAAGAAGAUCCCCAUCAUGCUUGUUGGCAAUAAAAUAGAUGCUAGGCCUGAACUAGAACACCAGGGUAGGAGAGUGGUAAAACAUGAUGAUGGAGUCAGACUUAGUCGGGAAAUUGAUGCUUUGUUUAUUGAGACCAGUGCUAAGGAUGGAGCAAAUAUUCAUGAAGCUGUUAUUGAGCUAACCAGAUUGUUGCGCACUAAUGAAGAUUUAGAAGUCAAGACAGUUGGCAUGCAGCUACAUGAGAUGAAAGAUAAAAAAUCUGGAUCCUGUUGUAAGCGAUCAUAAACCUAAGACCCGCAGCACUUACAUGGAUUGGUGCAAGGCUAAUCAACAAAUCUAUUUAUUAUACAUGUGAUAAAUUGUGUAAUAGCCUCUCGUCUUUGUAACUCAUGCAAUGGUGAAGGGAGUUUCUUAAUUCACACUUCAUUAUAAUAUUUUUUUACGUUCAUACAAUGUAUAAUGUAUCAGUAUAUUGUAUCAUUCUAGUAGUUGUAAGAAAAAUAUUAUGAAAAAAACAAACCCUAGUUUUUUUUUUGUUUGAUUUUCUGAAACCAUAUAUCCUUCUUCAGGGCACCAUAACUUUAACAUAUUUGGGUUCUGAGGUCAUGGGUAGAGCCAAGCACUGGCCUUGGGUGUAGGUGUAUGGAACUUCUGGACAUAUACUUAGCAGUUGGAUAUCUAGAUUUAGCAGUUGGAUAUCUAGAUUUAGCAGUUGGAUAUCUAAAUUUAGCAUUUGGAUAUCUAGUCCUCUGGCUUAUAGCUUGUAGAUGCUGAGACUACUUGCUUAUAACCAGAGCCUUGAACAGAGCAUAAAAGUGAAGCAAUUUUAAAAGUGUAGCAAUUUUAAAAGACCUAGGGGCACAGUUCAUUGUCUGGCUUGCCACUUCCACUCAGCAGCAUGUGUAUGAUAUGGUAAUUGAUUUAGUUAACCUUGACCUGUGUACCUUUUCAAUAAUGUUAGGUUAAACAUUUUCUGUUUUCAUGUGUAAAUAUUGCAUAUAUCAUGUAAAUAUUUAUGAAUGACAUAUAAUGUAACUGGUACAAAUAUUAAAUGUAUGUGAUAUUGUUAUAAAUAUAUCAACCACAAAGUUGUUUAAUGUUAUUGUCCCAUGUCUAAAUUAUAGUGAAGAUACUGAAAAUUUUACUCUGAACUUUAGAUCAUGCAGAAUUUCUUGAUUGGCACAGCUCUAACUAGGUACCUUAUACUGUUUGGGGAGAAGUAUGACUGUUAGGUACUACAACCCACAUAAACCCUGCUUAACCAUUAACCACUGUAACAGGUCAACUUGAUCUGCCUAUUGAAUCAUAUCACUCCAGGGAAACUUUUUGGGUAUAAAUAAGUCUUCAUUUAACUCCCUACUUAACAUGUUACUAAUCUUGCUUCCAAAACUAAAAAAUUAUUUUUGAUUAUUUAAAAAAAAAAGAAAGAAGUGCUGUGAAUUAUUUAUUUUAUUCAAAUUUGUAAAUACAUUCAAUUGAUUUAAGGUAGAAAUACUCCAUGGAUAUAGAUAUAAAUUAAAAUUUUGUGCACAUAUUAAGUUUAGCUUACAUGACUUUAUCUGUGCCUUAAGUAUUGACCGCCUUCUGUCAUACGAAUCUUGUUUAUCUCCUAGAGCACUUCUUAUUGUUGUGGUGCCCUUUUCUGGAAAAACAUUCCUACCUACAAACACCACAGGUAAAGGUGGCACCUGCUUGAGUAUUAAGAGGUUCCAGUCUUUCUCAUUUUUGUUUCAAGCCUUAGGUCUUUGUGCCUUGCGUAAGUUGGUAAUAAUGCUUCCUAACUGAACAUUCAGAUGUGUACACAAUCAUGUUGUUUUCAAAUUGUUGCCCACUUGAUGGCUGUGGUACUAUUGACUUGUAUAUUACUAUAUGUUAUAGUGAUGGAUUGAAUCUAAAUAAGGAAAUGUAUUUUUUUGUGAUUUAAUUUACACUUUCUAUUGUCUAUUUGUUAAUAUCUCCAAAGAAUAUCUAUAGCGUCUAUGACACAGUUUUAUUUACUGUUAUAUAUUGUUUUCAAGAGAAUAUCAAUAACUCUUAUGUAAGCAUGCAAUAUUUAUUAUAUAUUUCUUUUUCUAAGAAAGAGAAUCCAGUGCUUAGAGCUGGUUCUAAUUGUCUGGUCUGCUUACAUAAUGGAGACAUGUAAAACUGGGCAAAUCUGCAGUGGGAUUUACAGUUAACAUGGUUGCAAGUGUAAUAUGUAGGCCUAUGUUAGCUAUAUCCCAUUCAGGGUGAGCUGGUUGUUAGAGAUAAAACGUAUUCAACACAAUUACACUUGCUUACUUCAAGUUUUAACAAAUGUUGAGGAUUCAGUGAUUGCUCUGCUUAAACAAAAAACAUUUUUACAAUUUCAAACUGAGGCUCUCAUGCAUUUGGAAAUAUUUGCAUUUUUAGACUGCUAAUCUAUUUGAUAACAAAUAUGAUUAUUUGUAUUUUUGCUUGUUUUUUUUUUCCAUGACAUUAUGUUUUGACUGUAUUGAAAACAUUAAGGAAUAUAUAGUGCAUGCUGUAAUGCUGACACUAGUCUUCCCACAAAGCCUUGUAAGACUUCUACAUUUCAGUUAUUAGUCUAAGAAGUUAUAUUUUAUAUACAUAUAUAAAUUAAUGAAAGAUGCUUCUACAAAUGAAAAAAUUUGUGAUUGUAUGUAAUAGCAGAUGUUAUUAUUAGUCCCAUCAUUUGAAAGUCUCAUGUUGAAUAGAAUUAGCCCAUCAUGCAAAGAAUCUCUCAAUAAACUCUUUUGUUGGAUGAAACUUGUGACAUUGAUAAGUUUACCCCCCAUUGACUCUCAUUCAAGUUAUAGUCAGUGUGGAUAGACUUAGAAUUAUCUGGAUUUAAAUUAUGAAUAUUUGUUGGGUUUUUUGUUGUUGUUUUUUUUUCAGUUUUUUUUUUUCAGUUUCUAUGUAACCAGUAUACUAACACAAAUAUUGAGAACGCAGUAUAUAAUAUGUGUUUUUAGGUAUUUGAAUAAUUGAUAAUUUGCUUUUGUUGUCAAGAAAUUUAAAAUUUGAAAAAAAAUUCUUUGAAUAGUUUAUAUAGUUUCUCUGGCAUUUAUACUCAUAGAAAGAAGAUUAUAUGGACAAACAUAUUUCUUUGUUUGAGAGGAUGGUUGAAGCAUGAAUACUAUGUCAACAGUCCAAAAUGCUGAUUGUGCAUCCUGGUAUGCAAUGUCUCAUCUAUUGGGAACUCUUAAACACACUGAAUUUAUGAUUAAUUGAAUUGAAUACGAAAAUAAAUAUUUAAGAUCUAUGAAGAAAAGUGGAAAUGUAAUCCUUUAGUCAUAUUUGAUUCAUUCAUUUAGAUUACAGUAAUGCUGUGUCAUGUUGCAUAUUGUUUGUUUUUUACACUUGGAUCAUAUUAAAUGUCUUCAUCAAAAACUGUCUCAUUACUAGUUGAAAAAACUAAGUGUGCCUUUAAUACUCUGGACAUUCUUCAGUGUCACUUCCUUAGCAGGACUUCCAGUUUUGUACUUUUCUUUUAGAAACUUGAUGCAUUCUUUGUAAUCCUGUUUGUCUUGUCCUAUCAUUAAUAAGUCUUGUGUUUAAACAUGUACAUGUAAUUGAAAUGUUAACUUUUGUCUGGUCCUUGAAAGACAUUCAAAAGGCUAUCAACAUAUCAAGAGAGACAGACUUGCAUGUAAAAAUAACGAAAGUCUUCCUUAUAAAGGCAUUUAACAUAACAAUAGAUACACUUAAUUGUAAUAUUAACUUUGAUCAUUUAAGAGACAUAUAACAUAUCAGUCAAGAGAUUCUAGAUAGUACCAUUCACUUGGUAAAUACAUUGUAUAGUACUUGCUAGGUAUCAAUGAGUAACUCAUGUCCUGCUUUAAACUGGGUUGUCUAGCUAAUCAAUUGUAUUAGCAUUCUGUAAGUGUACUUAGAGUUUUUAUAAGAUAUAGUUAAUAUAUUUUUAUGUACAAUGAUUGUCAAGAUUUGUAAGAAUUGUAUAUUGUCCUAAAUCAGUGGCUAAACUUUGUGCUGGCCACAAGAUACUCCUCCCAUCUCUUCUAUUGAAUUAAACCACUCAAGCUGUAAUACCAAUUUGAGAAGACUCUAUCCUACAGAAGAUCAUCCCUAUAAGAAUGGUAUUUAAUUCAAAGUUGUGUGGAUACUCUAGUCAUUGCAGCAUUCAUGUUUAAUGUUUCCACUGUCAUAUGUCUUUUAUUAAAGCCUUAAAGUACAUGAACUUUUCAUACUGUUUGAUAUAGGGUAUUUUUACAAUGUGUUGUGAAUGUCACUUGAAAUGUAUUUUUUUUCUCUCAACUUUGAUAUUCAUCUUGUCAAUGCUCUUAUUUUUAAUGUGCUGGUCAUGUUAAAAGUAAUUACUUUCAACAUUCCACUCAUUUCUACAUUCUUAUGUUCUCACAUUUCUGGUCCUAAGGCUUUAGAGCAUUUUUUCCCCUAGCUCCAGAAGACACACAAAGAAAAAGAAUGUAUAUAUUUUAUUUAUAAAUUGUAUUUUCCUCAUUUUUUGAAGGAACUUCAGCUUAAGCCAAAAUGACUUCAAGUUCUGAGCAAUUUGAAUUGUCACCCCAGAUAUUGCUUUUUAUCCAGAAGUCCAACAGUUGACAUAUCAUUGAAACAGCAGCCACAUUCCUUUAGAUUUCUGCCAUUAAUCUGUAGUCCCUCUAAUACAUUAAAUACAAACAGUGGCAUCACUAGGGUCAGUGUCCCCGCCCGCUAAACUUUUUUUUUUCAGAAAUAGUGCUAUGUACAUGAUUUUUAACUGUUUUGUAUAACCGAAAAAGUUCUUUCUGAAGAUAGUGUUAGAAUGGCAUCAAGUUCCCUAGCCAUCCUGCUAGGUGGUCUGUUGAAGUGCUGUUAGCUCCUCCAAGCCUUUUCCUUCGUUCUCAGCUUGUGUUGUCUUCAGCGUAUUUUUCUUCCCGUAGUAAGAGGAGCCCAUGCCAACUUUAAAUUAUAAUGAAGUGGGAUGUUCCUAUAAAGAAAUAUUUUCUUGGAAUCUGAACUCACUAUUUAUGCUAGUUUAAAAAAAAAAAAGUUGCUCAAAUGAUGUUUUGUCUUGGAAGACAAGUAUAAAAGUUAGGUCUUUGUAGUACGUUUUUUUUUCUUUGCUGAAGCAUACUGAUUUUUUAAUAGCAACCAAUAAUAAUAAAAUAAAAUACUAAUAAUAAAACCAUUAUGUGAACAUAAUUUGAAGCAUCGUAUAAAUAAAACCCUGUAUCUUAAAACAUUGCAAACUUUUUGAACUAAAUCUUGUAUUAGUUUGUUAGCAAAUAUUGCAUGUUCUAUGAUUGCUGAGGCUAUGUUGCUUGGUAUUUUUUUCUGAAAACCCCCAACCCAUUUUAAGAGACUCAUUGGCUAGUAUUGAAUUAUGCUGAAAACACCUGUAGCCUUUAGUAGCGUUAUUCUCAUUCUUGAGUUCAAGUUUAAAUCAUUUUUAAAAAUCUAGACCAAUGGUUCCCAGGUGUUCUUAGCCACUGUACCAUUAAAAAUAUUUCAAGCAACGUACAUUUUUUAAAAGAAAAGUUUCUUAACUGUGAUUUCUAUUACUAACCACUCAUUGUAAUCAGCUUUAAUUUAUUCUGUUUUCAUACGCCAUUGACAGUCUAUGCAAAUAUAAUUCUGUUUGUUCUCGUUGUACUAAUUAUCACCAGGGUACAACGCAUGUGGAUUGUAAGAUGAACCACACAUAAAGUGUUCAAUGUCCCUCUGAGCUAAGAGUGCUGAUAAUCAGGUCUCUGAAGUGUACAUGUCUCAACCAUAUCUUUUUAUCUACACAUUAUUAACAUGCAACUGAUUCAUAUUUCAUUAUAUUGAUAAUGUGACAUUUAACUGAUUAAAUAUUGUUUUAAAACAAAAAAAGUGAAUAAACUUAUAAAUAGA